GCCAUUUUGGGGUCAUCGAAUGGACUAAUUUGGAAAGUUUGCCGGUGUUUAUAGAUUAACAUUUUAAGAUGCCCCAUGUCCCCGAACUGCCCUGCUCGGAGGAGCUUCAAACACCAGAGGUUCCCGUGACAUCUGCUGUACUGAAGGCUGCAGCGCACCAUUAUGGGAGACAGUGUGAUAUUCCCAAUAAGCAAUUCAUGCUGUGUAGACAUGAAGAACAAGAUCCCCGUAAAUGCUUAACUGAAGGCCGAGCCGUCAGUCAGUGCAUGGUGGAUUUCCUUCAGACUGUCAAGCUGCACUGUAAUGAAUCCUUCACUCAGUAUUGGACCUGUCUGGAUAAGAAUGAACAGAAAUUCCAUGAGUGUAGAAAGCAACAGCAGAAAUUUGAUGAUUGUGUACUUGACAAUCUUGGAUGGAUUAGACCAGAGAUGGGUGAACUUACUCAGACAACUGUUGUUAAAACUGAUAGGCCUGUACCUGUGUCCAAAGCAAGACCAAAACCAGACCCUGUGGUGCGAAAUAAACCACCUGAAGAUAUCCAACCAGCAAAACGUGGAUCAAGAUUCUUUUUCUUUUAACAGUUUUAAGUCUAGUGUAUAGUUUUCAUGAAUUCUGACUGUGUAGUUGACACUGCUUGAAACCUGGGCCAUGUGUAUUUCAAGGGAAAUGGAGUGUUUUGUUAAAUUUAAACUGAAAUAUUCACUGAUGGAUUUGUUGUCCCUGUGACCUUAUUCUCAUACCAGUAUCUGUGAAACUUUAGGAUGAUUCAAUUGUAUUGUUGGAACCAAGAUAAUUCAGUGCUAUUAGUCCAUUUAGUGCUUGAUAUGUGCAUGUAAUCCAAUAUCGACAUAUGUAAACAUUUUCAGAAAGUUUGACUUCAGAUUUAUUUACUGUUAUUCCCAUCAUGUACAAACAGAUUGUGGAUAAAAAUAAAUGGUUUGAAAGACUUGUUCUUCUUGCAUCUUUAAAUGUUGAUGUCACAUGUCUGAGUAUUCUGAUUACCGGGUACAUAAACAAGGAUUUAUGCAUGCAUACAUUUGUUGUAAAUUCCUUCAAUUUCAAUUUGUGUGUCAGGAAAUAUUGUUAUAUUUUGGAGUAGUGAAUGCAGGGCUCUUAUGUUAUGAGCUGUAAAUUAUAUUCAUAAAAUCCCUCAAAUGGCAAACAUUCCAUCAUAAAAAGAUAUACAUUUGUAUUUAUCAUACUUGGAAUGCAUUCAUUAUGAUGCCCAUUUCUCUUUGACACCAUUACAGUACAGUAUCCCAGGUAUUCCAAAUUUAUCGUUACCCGGUAAUAAAUUUACUGUUCAAAUUAAAUUCUUCCAUUGUGAUCUUCUAAAAUGACAUCACUGAAUCAUCUAGAUGUUUGAGUAUCUGUUUUGUAUGACACUGUAGUUUGUGGUCUUAUAGAAUAUGUAUAAAGUGAUUUGAAAUAAAAUGAACAGUUACUGU